AUGGCGGAACCAACCCCCACUAUUGACUCAGCGAGUCACAAACUCGAGCAUACCCCCUCCGGAACCCCCUAUAUCGCCCUUACCACCCGCGCCCAAGUCCCAAUCUACCUCACGAAGUUGAGAGAAAGCGACGUAGAAGCCAUGCAGAGAACUGCUGCCAUAGACGCCAUUGGCGACAAUCUUAUUGGGCUCCCCAAGCCAUACACGCUAGAUGAUGCGAAAUGGUGGCUGGACAAGCAAUUGAGUGGCCAAGCAGAUCUGCCCCUAACUUGUUUACGUGCUUCUGAUCCCGAGACUGGGCCCUUUAUCGGGAGUAUAGGUCUUGCGCCUCACGAUGGACCUAUGGCUUCCGUCGUACGGGAACAGAAAGCGAGGGUUGAGGGGCAAGGCAGAGAUGUUGAUUUGGGAUAUUAUUUGCAUCCAGAUUGGCAGGGUAAAGGCAUCAUGAAAUCCGCUGUGCAAGCAAUUGUGGACUGGGGGAAAAACUAUGAGAGUGUGCGGACUGUGUUUGUACGUGUGUUGCAGGAGAAUGUUGCUAGUAUGAGGAUUGUUACUUCGCUGCCGCAGUUUGUGAGGUGUAAUGGCGAGGAUGAUUUCCAGCAGUAUCCGGAGAAUAAGGGGGGUAGGAAGAGGAGGAUGUAUAUUUGGGAGUGGAAGUUAUAA